CUGAAUCAAACAGAAAUAUAUAGAAGUAUACACGCAUAUAUGUAUAUGUGCGUGUCUGUGUAAAUGGACGUGUAUAUGUAUAUAUAGACGUGUGCGCGACAUUUAAUUAGCAUACGCGUUUCACUUCAGUUCGCUCCCUCUCUCUCACUCUCUCUCUGUGUAUCUCGGGUCUUUGCUUAGCUUGUCAGACAGAGAGAAAAAAGCAAAAGCAAAGCAAAAGCAAAAGCAAAACAAACAUAGAACUCAAAAGUUAUUUCUUGUUUUGGAAACUAUUUCGACAUAAUGCUGGAUCCCAUAUCGGACACGCCGCUGGUGCUGGCCUACGCGUUCAUGUCGCUGCUGGUGCUGAUCGUUAGCUUCAUCAUAUUCAAUGUGGUGCACAAGCUCUAUCGCAGCAUGGGCGUCGUUGACGAUGGGGGCGUGUCGAGCAGCUCGCUGAAGACAACUAUGUUGGAGGUGGAUGUCAUGAAAACCGGUUAACACAAUCACAAUCACAAACAACAACCAGAACAUCAACGAGAACAACAACCAUCACGAUGAACGCUGCUAAACGGGAAUCUCGCUUGUGGAUCAGAUUAGCUGCAAACAUACUGUACAUAAAAGAUAAUUAUUUAGUCUAGCUGUAAACGUAGUACCUAUAUGCAUACACAUACAUAUUCCAGUGGAGACGACGCGGAUCUGUCUAGUCAGUUAAUUAGCCAUAGCUUAAAAUAAUAAUUAAACGCCUCGACGUUGAUAUUGUAAAUAAACUACAAACAUCUA